AUGUCGCUUCGACCGACCUUGCACCCCGGGCAGCAAAAGAUCCGUGUUGAGAAGGACACGUUCGGUGACCUCCAGGUCCCCGCCGACAAAUACUAUGGCGCACAAACCCAGCGGUCAGUCGAGCCACUCUAUGUUCUUGUCAUCACGGGGGUCUCUCUCGUUUCACCAUGUCGUACCUCGGACUCAAGAGCUGCACUGCGGAGCGACCCGUGGCCAAUGCAUUCCUCCGUGUGGGGCGGCAUCCGACGACGCGGGCCGCGGCCCUUACUCGCUCCGGUCGCCUUGCAUCUUUCUCCAAGCCCCACACUGAUCAAUCUUUAUUUUGAAGAUUAUAGAUCAGUUCAAAACUUUGACAUCGGAGGACCUUCCGAGCGCAUGCCCGCGCCGUUGAUCAAGGCCUUUGCCGUGCUCAAGCGCGCCGCCGCAGAGGUCAACAUGACCUAUGGUCUUGAUAAAACUGUCGGAGAUGCCAUCAAGAAGGCCGCCGAUGAGGUCAGUAGACGCCCAUGUCCAUCGUCUAUCAAAAUGCAAGGCAUUAACAUUCCACGAAAACCUUUAUCAGGUCAUCGAGGGCAAGAUCGGCCAAGAGCAUUUCCCUCUGGUCGUUUUCCAGACCGGAUCCGGAACCCAAACCAACAUGAACGUCAACGAGGUCAGUACACGCGAAUGCUGGCUUCCGAUCCCGAUUAUUCAUAAUCUCACGUGCGAAAUCUGCGCUGCUCGUAGGUCAUCUCCAACCGAGCAAUUGAAAUGCUCGGCGGUGAGCUUGGCAGCAAGAAGCCCGUCCACCCCAACGACCACGUCAACAUGUCCCAGUCCUCCAACGACACGUGAGUUUCACCCUACAGCGACGGAUUCUCUCGAGGCGUUCGCCUGACCCCUUAUAUUUGGCCACUUCACCAGCUUCCCGACUGCGAUGCACGUCUCGGCUGUCGUCGAAAUCUCCAACACGCUCCUCCCCGCCCUGCAAGAGCUGCACGACGAGAUGCUCAAGAAGCAAAAGUCUUUCGAGCACAUUAUCAAGAUUGGCCGAACUCACUUGCAGGACGCGACCCCGUUGACGCUCGGCCAAGAGUUCUCUGGCUACGUCCAGCAACUCGCCAACGGCAUCGAGCGAGUCAAGGGAGUCUUGCCCCGCCUGUCCAUGUUGGCCCAGGGUGGAACGGCCGUCGGCACCGGAUUGAACACCCGCAAGGGCUUUGACACCAAGGUCGCCGCCGAAAUAGCCAAGAUCACCGGCCUUCCCUUCGAGACCGCACCCAACAAAUUCGAGGCGCUCGCGGCGCAUGAUGCGAUCGUUGAGGCCUCGGGUGCGCUUAACGUCCUCGCUUGCUCCUUCAUGAAGAUCGCCAACGACAUCCGGUACUUGGGUUCGGGCCCGCGUUGCGGUUUGGGCGAGUUGAGCUUGCCCGAGAACGAGCCCGGAUCGUCGAUCAUGCCCGGUAAGGUCAACCCGACCCAAUGCGAGGCCCUGACGAUGGUCGCGGCUCAAGUUAUGGGUAACAACAUGACCAUCUCGGUCGCUGGUUCCAAUGGCCAAUUCGAGGUGAGUUUGGUACUGCCCAGACGGCAUUUGAUCAAGGCUAUAGAAAUUGACGAACUCUCGUCGUAUGCUUUCCACAGCUCAACGUCUUCAAGCCGGUGCUCAUCAAAAACCUUCUGCAAUCGAUCCGACUGCUCGCCGAUGGUGCUCGAUCGUUCACCAAGAACUGCAUCGUCGGCAUCGAGGCCAAUGAGGAUCGCAUCAACAAGUUGCUCAACGAAUCGCUCAUGCUCGCGACGAUCCUCAACUCGACGUUGGGCUACGACAACGUCGCUAAGUGCGCCAAGAAGGCGCACAAGGAAGGCACGACGCUCAAGGAGGCGACGUUGGCUUUGGGCUUCUUGGACAGUGCCAAGUUUGACGAGUUGGUUCGACCCGAACUUAUGUUGUACCCUGAUGACGAGUAG